AUGCCUUCUAUACUUUCGGACGAGGACAAGCAGACUGUCAAGCGGACGGUGCCCAAGGCAUCCAACAAGAUCCACGCAGUCGCAGUCGCAAGACUCUACAUUGCGUAUCCGAACAGGCAACGAUGGACCUACACAGGGUUCCAGGGCGCCGCCGUCUUGGCGAACGACUUGGUGGGGAACACGUUUUGGAUCAAGAUGGUCGACAUCUCGCCCAUGAAUCGGGGCGUCAUAUGGGACCAGGAGAUCUACGAUACCUUCUCCUACAACCAGGACCGCCUAUUCUUCCAUACCUUCGAACUGGAAGACUGCCUGGCGGGCUUGUCCUUCGCGGACGAGAAGGAAGCAAAGCAGUUCAAGAAGAAGAUGGACGAAAGGGAGAAGAACGCGCACAAGAAUACAAAGUCAAAGCCUUUUGGGAACGCCGCUGGCACAGUCGGCAGCGCUCCUGCAACGAAUGGCAAGCAGCAUCACAGCUUGCUUGGUGGCCUUUUCGGUCGGCACUCCUCCGGUUCUCACCAACCCCCUGCGCAGUCCAUGAUUCCUCCAAAAGAAGUGCCGAUAGCAUCGCCUGCCCCAUCGAGCCGCCCGAGCAUGCCGUCAAGCCGGAGGAGCUCCACAAUAGACACGGCAGAUCCGUCAUGGCAGCCGCUUCUGCAGGAGCUUCUACAGAUGGGCAUAACAGAGGAUCAGAUUGAGGAAAACGCCGAGUUCAUAAAGAUGUACAUCGAGCAGAAAAAAGCUGGAGAGGCCGCUGCCGAUGACCGGAGAUCACGAGCGCCUCCGCCUCCACCGCCGGGCGGUCCUCCCAUGGCUGCCAGAAUGAGUCCCCAGAAUACCGGCAGCACAUCCUCGUCACGUCGAGGUCCACCUCCCGCGCCGCCACCUGCGAGACGGACUCGAGGAGAAGCGCCCGCUCCCCCAGCGCCGAGGAGAUCCCCAAGCCCAGAACCCUCUCCGCCAAGGCAGCCCUCACCUCCGCCAGGACCGAAGUUCCGCGUUCCACCGCCAAUUGCAGAAGCAGGCAAACUCGUACCCACGGCACCGACGCCUCCAGCCCGCGCUCGCGCAUCCUCAAACACAAUGGCAAACCCAGGUCCACCGCCUCCACCUCGGCCACCCAAAACCCCUAUAGAAGAUGACGAAGCCCCAUCCCGCUUUGGCGCGCCCCCACCAUUUGCAGGCCAACGCGCACCCCCAGGCCCACCCCCACCACCAAGCCGCGGCCCCGUCCCACCUCCGCCGCCAGUCCGCGACGCUUAUGUGCCCCCACCGCCACCGCUUCUCUCUAAAGCGCCCAACGCACCGACACCAUCCAGUAUACCUCCUCCACCGCCGCUACCCCCAAGCAGCGCCGGUCCUCCGCCUCCACCUCCGUUACCGACCGCCUCACGCUCCGUUCCACCCCCUCCACCAAUGCCACCCUCAUCUGGCGCACCACCGCCCCCUCCUCUACCCCCAUCAGGCGGAGCGCCGCCUCCUCCACCGUUGCCGCCAGGUGGUGCAGGCCCACCACUCCCAAAACCGAGCGGGGGACGCGAUGGCCUGUUAGCGGAUAUCAGGGGCGGCGCACGGCUACGGAAGGUCUCGGAGACGGAGAAGAAGGAUAGGAGCGCGGCGACUGUGCCGGGGGCUGCUAGUGCGAGUCCGGCGCCUGGCGGUGGUAGUGGGGGUGGUGUAGGGGGAGCGGAUGGAGGGUUGGCGGGAGCGCUGGCGAGCGCGUUGGCGGCGAGGAAGAGCAAGGUUUCGCAUUCCGAUGACGAGGAUGAUAAGGAUGACUGGUGA